AUGCUCAGACUCUGGACGCCACGGUGCACCUUACCAACAUGGAGUUCACCUCAGAGCUGAGGAACAGCAGCAGCCCAGCAUACAGAGACCUCUCUGAGAGCUUCAGACAGGAGAUCUACCAGUCUCUGUCUCCAGAGGCCAAGGCCAUGGUGGACUCAGGUGACCUGAGGAUCGAGAUCACAGGCUUUUCUCCUGGCAGCGUGGUGGUGAACUUCACCAUAAUCUUCAGUCAAAGUCAAAGCCAAACCAUGACUGCAGUAACCACGGUGAUGGUGCAUUCUCUGAUGAACAGCUCCAAAUUCAUCUUGGAUCCAAACAACACCAGCAUCAGCGAUUUUGAUGAAUGCACAUCAGGACAAAAUGACUGCUCUCCACUGGCCACGUGUGCUAACACCUGGGCCUCCUACACGUGUGCUUGCCAUGAUGGAUAUAGAGACUACGACCCAGACAGACCCGGCCGUACCUGCCAAGCUAACGAUAUGUUGGCUGCUCCACCAGAACCACCGACUCUGUUCUCUGGUUCAGCUCCAGACACCAGGUCACCUCCUGCCCAGACAGCCAUUACUGACCCAGGAAUUACCCCCAGCUCCACCCAAACCCCCACUACCUCACCCUCUGACAUCACUGUGCCCUCCAUCAGUGCUGCAGCUAAUGUCUUUCCUGCAAACACAGCUGCACCAUUGACAGCCAUCACCACUGUGACAUCUACAAGCUCCACUGUCUCCACUACAGUCACCAUAGCAACGUCCCCUACAACCCCAACAAGCACCUCCGCUGCUCUGGGAUCAGCCUCUAAAGCCUUCCUGCCCGACGCCCUGUCAGUGCAGUGCAGGGUGGCCGCCAUCACCGUGAGCGUCACCAGAGUUUUUCUCCUGAACACCAACAUCCAGGACAGUGCUUUGUACCUGGGAAUGCCAGGAUGUGGGGUCAACGGAGGAAACAACACCCACGUUCAGCUGACUGUGGCCUGGGAUGAGUGUGGUACCAUGCUUGUGCAUAAUGAAACCUUUUACACGGCGACUGUGAUGUUGUUCAACUCCAUGGAUCUGGCCAGCUCUCUGAACGGAAACGGAGAAGUUCCCAGGACCCAGCUCAAAGUCCCCAUCGUGUGCAGCUUCCUGAAGAGCCAGUUGAUCUCUGCCGACUUCAGCUCCCUGGGGUACGAUUUGAUCAAAGACAUGAUCACGGACCUGGGCUCGUUCCCGGUGACGGUGCAGCUGAGGAACGGGGCGACACCCUUGUCUCACAACUACAGCCUGUCCCCUGAGCAGUCUUUAGUGAUGGAGGUCAGCCUCAACACCACCUCGGAGGAAAUAAGAGUUGUCAUGAACAAGUGCUGGGCCACACCCACCCAGAACCCUGCAGACAGCUAUAGCAACACCUUCCUGGAGAACAGCUGUCCCAUGAACCCGUACACCAAAGUGCUGUCUAACGGGAACGCCACCACCUCCCGUUUAUCCGUACAGAUCUUCACUUUCGUCAGCCUGAAGGUCAUCUACCUGCACUGCCGGAUCCAGAUCUGUGUGCAGAGGGGCUCGGACUCUUGUGUGCCUGAAUGUUUUGAAAGAAUGGCUAGGAGUUCGAACCCAGAUGGGAUGACGUUGUGCACAUCAGGGCCUGUGAUGAGGCUAAAUAAUGGAGAAAUGCUGGAAGGCAAGGUGGACACUGUCCACAUCAUCGGACUCUCCUGCCUUGGAGUCGGCCUGUCGCUCUUCUUCAUCGUUGGGUUUGUCUGCCUCUUCUACUACCAGAGGAACCGAAUUGGACACUACAACUUUGGAACCAAACCCAAACAAGAGAACUUUACUUACCUUGCCUUCAGCACUUAGAUCAGUGCUAUCCAGCUCUGGGGACCACGACCCUGCAGUAGCAGGACUAGAUAACCCUGACUCAGCAUUAAUCAUACAGCACAGCUGCCACUAAGUGUCACUAUAACAUAUAAAGUACUGAAUAUGUUUACAUUUUACCUUCUGAACAUUUAAAGCAACAAUAAUAUAAUGUGUUUGAAAUAGAAAUAUGUAUUUAUCCUGAAUCUGCUCUAAUAAAAUAGAUUCAACUGAACUAAAGCUGAGUGAAAUGUAAAGACUAGAGCCAGAUUAACCCUUCAUAGACAACAACUCUGCUUAAUCUUCAUCUAUAACGGUUUGCUGGUUAAACUCCGCCUCUUUGCCAGGGUCUACAUAGGUUAUCCUGGACCAGAAGGACAUUCUAUAAAAAGAUGAGACAUCUGUAAAGAAUAAAAACUGAAGAGCCUUUAUUUUAUUCAGGCAAUUGGU